AUGGCGGAUGAUCUUCCAGAGACACUGAAACCCUUCUUUCACAGAGCCACCGAAGCUCAGGAGCGAUUGGCUAGGCUUGAAGCUACUCUUGCGUCGACCAAGACAGACAUUCCAGAUGCAGAACUUGUGGAGAAGAUCACCCGAAUCCAGUCAAAGCUCGAUGAGGCUAACGACACAGUGAAGCAAGAACAGAAGAAGGUGAAGGAAUUGAGCACUGAAAACGAGAAGCAAAGUUACCGAAUAUUGCAUCUUGUGCGCGCACUUAAGGCUGCUGAUGAGAAGCUUGAGAAGUUCUCAGAUGAGUCGAUUCUUCGUCGCUGA